CGUAUUCGUUGGUUCGUUUCCUAUAGUGCCAUUCUAGUCGAGUGUGUGCUCACCUCUUCACCGAGAGUACACAUAGUACCAACAAUAACAACAACCGUCGCAAAAGUACACACCACCUCCACCAGAAACGUAGUGUCCAUCACGGCACCAAGUAGUUCAUAGUUGGUGUAUCGAUACGUAGACGUUGCUGAUAGCCAUCUCUAUCGUUGCAACCACUCGUCCAUAGAGGGGAGGGAACCGAACAAUUCUUUACAAUACCCCGUGCUUACUCAGCAAUAGUAACAACAGCAACAACAAGAUGUCCACGUCUCGUCUCCCCGCCGCGGUGACGAGCUUUGCCUACCGUUGGCUCGCCGAAACGGAGGCCGACGGGGAAGUCCAUUCCGAAUUCGGAGUCCACAUUGCCUACGAAGAUUUGUACGACUUUGUCGUCUUUCUCACCUGCAUUUACCUCGCGGGACACAUCGCCACUUACUGUAAAAUGCCAGGCUUAGUGGGAGAAAUCAUUGUCGGGAUCGUCCUCGGACCGCCGUUGGCGGAUUUCGUUCCCAAUCCGGAAGCCUGGGUAUUGCUCGGUGAGGUCGGACUCGUCAUUCUCGUACUCGAAGCGGGUAUUGAUAUCGACGUAUCCACACUCAAACUGAUUGGAACCCGCGGAUUUCUCAUUGCCUUUGUCGGAUCGGUGCUACCGAUUGGUAUCGGAAUUCUACUCGCCAUUCUCGUCAACGGAACCGACGAUAUCAAGGCAGCCAUUGCGGCGGGGGCCACCUUUGGACCCACCAGCUUGGGCAUUGCCCUCAAUAUUCUACGUUCCGGGGGCAUUCUCAAUACACCCGUCGGACAACUCAUCAUCUCCGCCGCGGUGAUUGACGACAUGAUUGCCCUCAUCGUCCUUUCCCAACUGGAAUCCUUGGCCGGAACCAUUGACGCCGCAGGUAUUCUCAUUCCCAUUGUCUCGGCCGUGCUCUUUCUGGUCGUUGGUGGUUACCUGGCCCUCUUUGUGGCACCCCCCUUCCUCAACCAAUACGUGCUCAAGCAUUUUGAACAGGAAUCGCACGGAAAAAUUGAAAUGGCCGUCAUGUUUGGCAUCCUACUCGCCUUGAUGCCCGCGACCUUUUACGCCAAGGCAUCGUACUUGAUGGGCGCCUUCGUGGCCGGAUUGGCCUUUUGUACCUCGCACGAUCUCCACGAAACCUUUGUACGACAAUUUAAACGACUCUUGCAGUGGCUCAUGCGCAUUUUCUUUGCCGCCAGUAUCGGAUUUCAGGUACCUAUCAAGGACCUCUUCCAACACCACGUCCUCUGGAAGGGACUCGUCUUUACUCUGGCGUUGACGGGCAAAUUGGCCGUCGGAUUUAUGGUACCGAACUUUACUCAAUCCAAAUCCUUCACCGGCAUUCAUCUGCGCGACUGUCUAAUUACGGGAUUUAGCAUGGCGGCGGAAGGGGAAUUCGCCUUUGUCAUUGCCGUCUUUGCCGUGGACAAAGGACUGAUCGACAAGGAUUUGUACGCUUCGGUGGUCCUCGCCGUCCUCAUCUCGACCAUCAUUCCACCGUUUCUUCUGCGCUUUACCAUUUCCCACUACAAUAAAAAGGCGGAAGAAGCCAUCAAGGCCCUGGCCAAUGCCGAAAUGGAACGUCAGCACAAUUUGGAACACGAACUCGAACAUGUCGUCAUGGGCGACGAUCACCUCGCGAGGCUGGAGGACGAAAUUAAAUCCCAUCGAGCCGUGUUUCUGUGCAUCCAAACACAGUCCGAGGCACGAUGGGGACUCAUGCACAACAUGAUGAAGGCGAUUGCGAAACUCGGACUGGACAUUAUCGAUCAUCGUUCUUGGCAUCCACGUGGCAUUCACUCAACCUUGGUCAACGAAGUGUACGUCAAGGACCAGUUCGAGAAGACUGCCAAAGGGCAGGCUCAGCAAGCCUUGAAUACUCGCAUCCAAGAAAUCCACGAUGCGUUGGAAGACACAAUUGAUCAAAAAGAAACGGCCCGCGUCAAGGUGCAGCGCUGGUACCCAGGUGUGGUCGAGGAGAUUGUCGAAAGCGUUCACGAAAGAAAGCGUCACGGAAGAACCAAGAUCAAUUUAGAAGAGCGCCUCUUGUCGGAAGCUUCCAAAGCAUUGGAUCGUCGUCAGUCAGCACAAGUAUUGGCGACGAAAGAAAAGACGGUGGAAGAAAUCCUGGCGGGGAUGCAAAAGGAUACGGAAGGCAUGCCGGUCAUUGAAGAACAUAAGGCUGGUCCAAUUCCACAAGAGCAUAAAAAGCAACAAAGUCGGCGCCGUCGACAAAAGAUGCGAAGUACGCCGGUCGUGGGUGGUGGCUUGUUCGACAAGCGCGAAGUACAGGAAGAAAAGGAAGAGGCUCCGCCUUCCAAAUCAGGUUCGGGGCAAUGGACGCCCACUUUCGACUUUAAGGUUCCCGGUCACAAGGCCGAAAUUAUUGUCAAAGGUGAAUCCUAUGACAUUCGGAUCAACGACGCCACGUUGAAGAAACUGCGGUCCGGGUUCAGCGGGGAUAUGCUCGACCAUCGUGGUCUUUCGGCUAGCGAAGGAGUUUCGAUCCAGCCCGAUCGCUCAAACGUUGUCAACAAUUUGCAUGGAUACGUGCGUAAUCCACAGUUGGGCAAAAUUGUCGAAGAGACGAUUGUCGAUUCUGAAUCAGAAACGUCAAGCGUAAGCCAUCAAAAUGUCACAAAUCCGCAUGAUCCCCCUGUAUAAGCUGAGAAUUAUGUUUGUCGUUUCGACAGUAUUUAUAAUCAACAAGUUUACUUUUAC